AGAUUGUGGAGUUGCAAACUAAGAUCUUCCCGUUAAAACUACCCAAAAGUUUAUGAAUAUUAAUGAUUGGCAUGUCGUGAUGUAUUGUUCCUCAACUAAUUAAAGCCUUUCACAUUCGAUUUAUACUCACUAUACAUCGAAUUUGACUAAUAUGCAUGGAUUAAGAGUAGGAAAAUCUCGAAAUCAAGGACUAAUUUGAUCAUAGACAAAAAAAAAAAUGUGGUACAAUUACAAUGUCAUUUAAAAAAGUAGUUAACACUUAACACAAUGAUCAGAAGCAUCCAAAAGAGGACGACCCGAUCCGGAUCCAGAUCCAGGAGUACGUAAACAACACGCUCCCUCUGGGUGCAUGCAUGGGAGGGAAGCGAAACACUCGUAACAGUUUUGUCCCAUAAUCGGACCGGCGGAAGUGGGGAAAAACGAAAACCGGCAAAGGGCUGAGAGACCGAGUGGAUGGAUUCCCGAGACUGUCGUCCCCCCAAAAUGCGGAUUGUCAUGAGCUUCUCUUCUCCCUCACUUAAAUCUGAAUCCCAAUUUCCAUCACCAAUUUUCCCAUUAAUCCUCUUUUCUAAUCACUAUUUCAUCCCAUUGUAUCCUUCACCCUCAAUCCUUUCUUCUUUUUUUUUUCACCGAUUUGGAAACUGCUUUAGUUCAGGCCUUUUGCUGGUCAGCUUACCUUGGCCCACUCUUUUCCUCUUUCAAGGUGGGAUAAUUUUAUGCUCAGAGGCAAUUUGUCGAACAGCUUGUGGGUGUUUCCGGCAUGUUGUGUAGUUUAUAUUGAAUUUGCUCUUUCAGGCCAAGUUAAUUUGUUUGUCGUUUUAUGUGAAGUUUCUGCUGAAAAUAGCAAAGGGAAUGAUCUAUUCUUAGAGACAUUUUAUCGAACAGGUUAUCAGAGUAUCAAAUAGAUUUCGUGAUUUUUGAAUGUCUCGAGCUACUUUUAUGGAAUUUCUUGUUAUGAAUUUUUGAAUCGUAUCAUUUAUUUAAAUUGGAAUGUCGAAAUAAGUUUUGGGGGAAAAAAAAAAACCCUUCCUCUUGGGACUGUAACGUAGAUUUGUGUUGUGGGAAGGAUGUGGUUUAAUUUAUGGCUUCAGGCGUGAUGGUUCACUGCUUGUCACGAAGGUUCAGUCCUUUUGUUUUUUGGGCGAGCCUUUUCACUUAUGAGCUUACUUCUUUAGCAUCUCCUGUUUUUAUCAGUGGAAUACUAGAUCAGAAAAAGCCUUUUAAUGUAGACCUGUUUGGCCUUUGACAAUGCUAUGUUUAAACUUUUUGGAAAUGCAGCUAGCCAUGUAGAAUAGGCAGCAAAAGGCCAUAGUUAUAUGAGUGUGAAAUCAUUUAAAAUUUUGGCUAAUCAAAGGUUCACGAUAGGUGCUUUGGAGUGAAGAUGUAUUAGUAUAUCUUUCUCAUUUUGGGUUGCUAUGUUGGAAGGGAGGUCAUUGGUACUUUGUGGCCUUGUUUUUUGCUUUUUUAGGUCCAUAAUUUGUUGAUUAUAGGUGUCUAUCUUUUCCAGCUGCAGAUAACAGAUGGCAGAACCUGAGGAUAUUCAACCACUGGUCUGUGACAAUGGAACAGGAAUGGUUAAGGCAGGAUUUGCUGGAGAUGAUGCUCCAAGGGCUGUUUUCCCUAGUAUAGUUGGUCGCCCACGUCACACUGGUGUUAUGGUGGGCAUGGGGCAGAAAGAUACAUAUGUUGGGGAUGAAGCUCAAUCCAAGAGAGGUAUUUUAUCACUGAAGUACCCAAUUGAGCAUGGUAUUGUGAGCAACUGGGAUGACAUGGAGAAAAUCUGGCAUCACACUUUCUAUAAUGAGCUGCGUGUCGCCCCUGAGGAGCACCCUGUUCUGCUCACUGAAGCACCUCUGAAUCCAAAGGCCAACCGUGAAAAAAUGACCCAAAUUAUGUUUGAGACAUUCAAUGCUCCUGCUAUGUAUGUUGCCAUUCAAGCUGUGUUGUCCCUCUAUGCCAGUGGUCGCACAACUGGUAUUGUGUUGGACUCUGGAGAUGGUGUGAGUCAUACUGUCCCUAUUUAUGAGGGAUAUGCUUUGCCACAUGCCAUUUUACGUCUUGAUUUAGCCGGCCGUGACCUAACUGAGCAACUCGUGAAGAUCUUGACUGAGCGCGGUUACUCAUUCACUACCUCAGCCGAGAAGGAAAUUGUGAGGGACAUGAAGGAGAAACUGGCCUACAUUGCACUUGAUUAUGAGCAAGAGUUAGAAGCAUCAAAGACCAGUUCAUCCAUUGAGAAAAGCUAUGAGUUGCCCGACGGUCAGGUGAUCACGAUUGGGAAUGAGCGGUUCAGGUGUCCUGAAGUCCUUUUCCAGCCAUCAAUGAUUGGAAUGGAAGCUGCAGGAAUCCAUGAAACCACAUAUAACUCAAUUAUGAAGUGCGACGUCGAUAUCAGGAAGGAUCUGUAUGGCAACAUUGUACUCAGUGGGGGUACAACAAUGUUCCCUGGGAUUGCAGACAGAAUGAGCAAGGAAAUCACUGCAUUGGCACCAAGCAGCAUGAGAAUCAAAGUGGUAGCUCCUCCUGAAAGGAAGUAUAGCGUGUGGAUUGGUGGCUCUAUUUUGGCUUCUCUAAGCACCUUCCAGCAGAUGUGGAUAGCGAAGGCAGAGUAUGAUGAAGCUGGACCUUCCAUUGUGCACAGAAAAUGCUUCUAAUUUGCACUUAGAAUUCCGGGUGACAAAACAAUAUCUCUGACACUUAUUUUUUUUGGGAAGAUGAACUUAGUUACUGCUUUUGAGCUCUUUUCUACUCCUGCUUGUCUAUUAUACUUUGGUUUGAGGGAAUACAAUAACUGAGAGUUUUAUUAUUAGUGUAGGAAAUUGCUGAAAAUAAGAGAUCUUUCAUCUAGUUUUUUCCCUUCUCCGUUUGGAUGAUCUAUGUAAUCAAUUUCCUUUUAAAUGCAAAUACUACGAAGUUUUUUUCCAUUAGAGACUAUCAUGAUGUGUUACGAUUUUUCUAUUUUUAUUAUUCCUUCUGAAAAAAUUGUAUUUAUUAGAAGUAAAAUUCAAACAAGACAUUUA